CUGAAUCGCGUCGCUGGAACACCAUGGGAUGGAAGGGACGUUUGCACCACGUGCAACAAACCGCCUGCGGUCACCCGCUUUCAAACAUCCCGGAUUGUCACUGCUGCUGUACAACCACCCUUUGCCGAAACCCUCGUUCGGUACCGGGUCGCUUGAGGGGUUAGCUCAAGAGCCAAGCACGAACAUCGGCAUCCCGAUUUCGGUAUCUCUCCGUCAGCUCCGAAGAACUCUGUUCCUCAAGCGAGUCGAACCAGCUCACCACUGAUGGUCCAGAAGUGCCCGCAAAUAAACGGUUGCUGUGCCGCCUGCCCAGCUGUGGCUCGGUCGGACCGGACUCCACGGCUUCUCUCGGCCCGGCACAUAUUGAGCCGGACCACUCUUCCCGAUGAAACAUGGCUGAGUACACAGUACGCCGAGCAGAACGCCGGCCCUCUGCCCGAACCAAGCAGGAGUCCGGUAUCUCAUCCAAACAACGCACAUCAAUCAACUGUAGCUACCCUGCACCCUGGCCAGGCAGGCCCGCCGUGCCCGCCUCGAGGAUCUACGGAGCCCGCCGAGAACGAGAGACGCCAACGCAGCUCGGGUUGUUGGGGAGGGAAAGCCGUCGGACUGGCAGCCUCUUUCCAGUCUCGGGACCGGCGGUAAGGUGACAGCUUGUCAGUCUUAUCUGCUGGAAUCAUAGCGCUCCUCCUCGGAUGCCGCUCGGUCACGUUCUCAGCAUCGAGCUCGGCUCGUGUUAUCAUUC